UCGAAUCUCAGUUAAAAAAAUAAAGAAAAUUUGUGCAAAUAAUUGAUUAAAAUGCCACAAUUCAUUAAACAAUAAAGAAAAUCAAGUGAAAAUAUUGAAAACUCAUUGAAAUAUUGCGAAAACAAUCGGAGGAGGCUGGUUAAAAUGAUGCAAGAAAGCGUCAUCAGCACUCCGUCCACGCCGAAUUCGUCCCUGUCGUCGCAGUUGAAUCUGUAUGGUUCGCCAAAUACUUCGCCAGCCACGCCCACCCAACAGACCAGUACACCACUGGUAGGCAAUAAUACGAUACGAUCAUCGGGCCACAAGAACAGCUUGAAAGGCACCAAAUUAGCCAGGCGGGCCAGAUCGUUUAAAGACGAUCUAUUUGAGAAAAUAUCAUUAAUGCGUACGCCGACAAAUACAUUGGGGAGGUAAGCAGCACCCAAUCCCAAAUGGGGAACGUCUCUAAUUUCAAUUAAUAUUUGUUUUAGAUCCCAUUCUCCCCAAAGUCCCCGGCAUAAAAAUAAGGUCCCACCAACAGCCGAGGAAGUGGCCAAAUCAUCACAAAAGAUCGACUCAUAUGUGAAGGAUAUAACGAAUGCUUUGAAACAUUUCAAGGAUGUUAUACUUAAAAAGAAAUUGGAAGUAUUGCCUGGCAAUGGUACGGUAAUAUUGGAAACGACAGCUAGUUUGUUUGCAGUUAUUCAAGCGAAUACGCUGAAUGAAAACAACACCAGUCUAUUGUCGGCUACGCAACAAGUCUACCAAUCACUGGGUAAACUGAUCAAGCUUUGUGAUGAAGCUAUGCUAAGUGAAGAUUCGGAGGAAUGUGCUUCGUUGAGUAAUGAAAAUGUACGCGAAAUUGUUGAUUUACUUGAGGAGGCCGUAAGGAAUCUGGCUACAUUGGCGCAACAGAGUUUAAAGGAACGCAGUGAUUUGACAUUUCAAUAUGAUGUUAAUGCCACUGAAGGCCAAACGCCCACAACAACAAAUACAACAACAAGUGCAUCCGUCGAUUCCAAUAGCACACACAAUUUGUUAAUGCGUCCCUCAGUUGAAGUUGCUGGACAACGUACAUCUCUGCCGGAUAUAACAUUGACACCAAAAGAACGGGAUAUACUUGAAAAAAGAACAUCAAAUCCCAUGCAUGCUUCAUAUAGUACUGAAAAUAUUUUAAGAGACUCCAGUCCCCCACCAAAACCACCAUUGCCUAAUAGAUCACACAAUCCUCCACCAUUACCGCCAAAGAAAAACAGUCAACCACCCGUCAAUCAAUCAUAUACCAAUUAUGAUACCAAUAUCAAUAAUUCAGAUGCCGAAUUAGGUGUGGAUCAUCUAACAGUUCGUUCUUGUUCACCGGAUGAGAAUUCUAGUCAAUGUUCUUUAGAUCAGUCCCGUGAAGAAGAAUAUCAUGAAUACAAUUUGGCCUACAGUAAGUUAUCUAAUCUAGUCCCAUCAUCUAACUACAUCACUCUACAAAACCUAACGGAAGGUAUUGGCGCUGGUGGCGGCCGUGGCAAUGGACUAAGAUCAGCCACCAUUAGAUCUAAUGAACAAACAACAAUCGAAAGCAAUAUUAUCAACAAACAAACGGGCAAAUGUGACUUAUCUGGAGGCGGAAUCAUCAGUGAAUUUGAUGAGGAAAUUGGCAAAACAGAAUUGCGCAAAGUGAACAAUCACCAUCGGCAUUCAAAUGAAUCGGGUUUUCAUUCAAACUGUUCAAUACGCACUUCAACACAAAGUUAUUCCAAACACUCUUCCGAUGUUAGUUUUCAAUCAUCUUCAAAGUCCAGCAACUCCUCCUCGGAGCUAACUUGUAUGUACAGCAACAACAGCAUCAAUGAGGAUUUCUUUCAACAACAUCAUCACCAUCAGCAGCAGCUGCAGCAAAUAAACAGUCUAAAUAAAACGGCAUCUGUAUGCAUAUCGAGUACUAGCACCAGCAGUAUAUCGGAAGCAACAGCAAUGCGUAUUCUAAAUGAUGAUGAACGUCGCAUUUCAUCUCCCGAUCAAUUUGAGGCAGAGAAAAGAUUAUUGGAACAACUUCAGGCAAUGCCCAUCACCAGCAGUAGCACAAGUAGUUCUAUUUUCAAAAAUAGCAAUAGCUUAGAUAUAACCUCAACGGAGGAUAUACUGGCGACAUUGUCGAAUGAUACACCACCGGCGUUACCACCAAAAAAAUCCGGCCUUACGAAAUUAGCUUCGUAUGACUCAGAUACACCGGAUAACUCUACUGAAAUACCUGAAUUACGUCGUCAAGUUCGUACAUUUCAAUGGCAGACAAAGCACACAAGUUUAGAUCCCCGUCGUUUGGAUAUGCCUGCCGGCAGCUGUAAUGCCAUCAAUAUGGGUUUAGAUGGACACUUAGAACAACCCCCGCCCCUGCCCUUGAAGAAGAGGCAUAAUCAUCAAGAUUCUUAUUAUCGAAUAACAAGAAAAUUUAUAUUAACUGCAGUCAAAUACAGUCACGACAACAGUUAUGCUAUAAAAACAGUGCCAUUUAUAACGAUUUCGGCUGUACAAUUGUUUGUUAAUCAAUUUGAUUUAAUUAAGAAUUUAAUCAUAACAACCAAAUCUACAAACACCCACCCCUACAUCAGUCACACCACUCAUUGCUCUGAACAAAAACUACUCUAUACCAAAGUCAGACAAACAAAACAACAGCCAGCCAGCAACACUACUUUAUCCCCACUGAGAGAAAACAUCAUUUCCAUAUUAGAGAUCAAUUUUGGUUGUGUUUUAAUACCUAAAUAUGUAAUUAUGUGUAUGAAUUUCUCUUGUACGUCUGUUUUUCUUUGCAUCUCUCUUUCAAACUCCCAAAAAUUAAAUAUUUGCAAACUUGUAGUGUUUCAAAGUGUGGCAUUUUCAGUUUUGGCCUAUAUGGAAAUAUGUUCGGCAUCUACACAACGUCACACGGUUCAUGUCGGCAGCACAAUGAACAGAAACAUAACACACAGUCAAACAAUGAACAUUGCUACAACAUUUGUCCAAAAUGAUUUACAGGAGGUACCACCGGCAUUGCCACCGAAAAGCAAUAAGCAAUGGAAAAAUCAAUCAGCAACAUCAAUUGGCAGCGGCGCCGGCGGCGCUGCCUCAACAACGUCAGCAGCCGUAUCAUCAUCACCGGUGCCACCACCAACAAUUAUUACAACACCACCGCCAAGUCCAAAACCUUCACAUUUAACAUCAGAUCAUCGUAUCCUAAGCUCCACCGGUGGCAAUGAAAUGAUGUCAACGGUAUCGGAAGAAGUUGAUGAUCAAUAUGAUGAGACUGGCCUCAUACAUUCACACGAAUUGCAAAAUGUUUAUGACACGUCCAUGCCAAGAACACCCACAUCGCCCACACUUGAUAAAAUGGGGCCAAAUGGUGAUUAUUCCAGUGAAGUUGAGGAUAUGGUCAAUUAUAAUAAUUUUAAUAGAAGGAGUCCCCUAUCCACAGAAGAAAUUAAUCAAUUGCCAAAUAUUUUGGAAGAGGUUGAUAUAACGCCAUAUUUAAUAUUUAAAAAAGAGAAUGAAGAUGGUCCAGAAGUUAAAGGAGGCUAUAUCGAUGCUUUAAUUGUACAUGCCAGUCGUGUACAAAAUGUCACCGACAAAGCAUUCACUGAAGCAUUUAUAACAACUUUCCGAACAUUUAUACAACCCAUCGAUUUAAUUGAGAAAUUAACCCAUCGUUAUACGGUAUUCUUUUGCCAAUUAAAUGAGCAAAAACUAAAGGCAGCCAAUGAAACGUUUUCACUGAUUGUUCGGGUUGUAAAUGAUUUAACUUGUACGGAUUUAACUUCACCCAACCUGCUUACAUUGGUAGUAAAAUUUGUGUAUGAACUUGUUUGUGCCGGCCAAUUGAAUUUUGCCAGAGUGUUGCGCAAAGAAAUUGUUGAGAAAGUGAAUUUGUAUAAAGAGUCACGUAUGCCUGCCUAUCCACCAACUGAUAUGUUCUCAACGGUCAGUGUGCCGCCCAGUUUAUUGGAUUUCAAGGCCAUGGAAAUUGCCAGACAAAUGACUCUGUUGGAUGCUGAGCUAUUCCAAAAGAUCGAAAUACCCGAAGUUCUAAUCUUUGCCAAAGAUCAAUGUGAAGAGAAAUCGCCAAAUCUAAAUAAAUUCACCGAACAUUUCAAUAAAAUGUCCUACUGGGUACGUUCGAAGAUAUUAAUGUUGAACUGUGCCAGAGAGCGUGAAAAAUAUGUGGAGAAAUUUAUUAAAAUUAUGUCACACCUCAAGAAGAUACACAAUUAUAAUUCAUAUUUGGCCUUAUUGUCUGCACUGGACUCUGCUCCGAUUAGAAGACUCGAAUGGAAUAAAUCUAUCAAAGAAACUUUAAAAAAUAAUUGUAAUAUAAUCGAUUCAAGUUCUAGUUUUCGAAAUUAUCGUAAAGCAUUGGAAGAAACAUCACCACCCUGCAUACCAUACAUUGGUCUUGUUCUGCAGGAUUUAACAUUUGUACAUGUGGGCAAUCCCGACUACUUAAAAGAUGGUGUGGUUAAUUUUUCAAAACGUUGGCAACAGUACAAAAUUAUUGUAAACAUGAAGCGUUUCAAAAAAUGCUCCUAUAAAUAUCCACGCAACGAACGUAUUAUCAGAUUUUUUGAAAAUUUCGAAAACUUUUUGGGUGAAGAGGAAAUGUGGCAAAUUUCUGAAACGAUUAAGCCAAGAGUUGGUAAACAACGCAUGGUUGUAAAUAAUUAAUUGUUUUUAUCGUCAAACUUAGCAUAAAUAUAUAAGAAACAAAA